GCCUAAUCUGAACCUAUUAAAUAUUUGGACUGCAAGACAAAGUUCCAGUAGUUUCGUGUUACAAGCUGAAUACUUCAAAUCCUAAAGUCAAAAUGUUCAAAUUCGCAUUCGUUUUAUUAUUGGCCAUCUCAGCCACUCAAGCUCAAUCAUACUGGUCAGGAUGCCCUGGAAUUUUGGGACCAACAACACUUACAUCACCAGUUUGCUCUGGAUCAGCAUGUACAGUCGUUCAAGGAACAACCUCAGUUUUCCAGUCAACCAUUAGUUUCACUAGAGCUCAUUCUCAUUUGAUGACAAGAUUGACAGUCUUCCUUGGCGGUGUUGGAGUUGUUAUCCCACAAACACCACCUCAUGAUAAUGGCUGCAACGCUUUAUUCAGAGACGGAGUUCAAGUUGGAUGCCCAACAAUCCCAAAUGUACCAACAAGAUAUGACCUCACAUUGACAAUCACGACAGGAACUCCAGUCACAAAUAAUGCUAAUGUCCGAUUCGAACUUUUGGAAAAUGGAGUCGUUGAAGUUUGCGCUAACAUUGUUGCCAAUAUCGUUGCUGCAUAAAUGAAUAUCUGACAUUUUGUUCUUAAAAUUAUGGAAUAAAAAAACUUAUAUUUAAAUUAAAUUGA